AUGGGUGUCCAACCCCCCAAAUCUCCCUCCAUCGUCGAGAAGAUAUACGAUACGACCAUAGCCCUCGCAAACCGCGUCGUGAGUCCCGAGACGCGUGCGAAGAGCUGGGAAAACGUCAGCGGGUUUGCGAGGGAGAAUCCAUUGGUUUUCUCAUUCCUAGCUCUCCAAAUCCUCGCUUCUACCUUUCCGAUCCUCCUCUUCCUCGCUUUCUGCGCAGGCGCAAUCGCCGUUGCUGCCAUAUCAGCUGUGCUGUUCACGCUUUUUUGGAUUGGGGUUGCACUCUUAGUACUCCUCCCAACGCUAUUUGUUACGAUUUCGCUUGGGUGCUUUGCUUGGGCGUGGGCGCUUGUAUCGUUUGUGGUUGCGAGGUACGUGUAUAGGAGUGUUUGGGGAGAGGAGGGGAGUCAGGCGCUUGUGCGUGUGAAGAACGGAAGUGCGGAGGUGUGGGAGGGCAAGAAUGAGAAGGUUAAUGAGGUGGUGGAGAAGGUGAAGGAGGUUAUAUUGAGUUGUGAGGAUGUGGAUUGUGUGGGUAUGAUGGGUGGUGGGAUGGAGUUGGGUUGUGGAUGA